GCAAAGACGAGUAAAAAAAAGCUGACAAAUGUAAAGAUCCACAGCAUGUUGACUGUAAACGAAGAAAAAGUUAACAAAUUACUAGCAAGCAGUAAGUCUAAACUAUCGACGACGAUAAUUGCUAACCUAAGUGUCAGGGGUGAUAGAAAUUCUGCGUGCAAACCUAAAUAUAUUGUAAAAUCUUUAACAUGGGAUCAAGCUAGUCGAAUGAUUAAAGAUAUAUUCAGACGCCUUAAUUUGUUGGAAGAAAGCAACCUGACAAAACGAGCGGUUACAUUUAUUGGUUUUUGUAAGUACCGUGGUUAUUCACUCGCAACAACAAGAAAAUAUUUUAACGAAGCUAAACGUAUAGGAGUAUUUGGUGAAAAUAUCUCUAUUAUACCUGAUGCAUUGUAUUUCGAUAAACAUGUUCAUCAAAGGCUGAUUAGUGAUGAUGUUUUCAGUAAAUUUGUUUCCCAUCUGCAAGCAAACUGGAGUAUGUACACUGCUCCAUUGUUGACCGCUUUUUACACAGGUCUACGAAGUAACGAGAUUUUACAAAUAGAUACCAAAAUAUUGAACCAGCUUUCUGAGCGAAGAAAAAUUGUAGACAUUGUAAGAAAAGAUACAAGAAACAAAACGACAUCGGUACCUUCUGUUUUAACUCCAAAUCAUUGGAAGCCUGUUUAUUAUGAAAACUUUAAUAAAUUUAUAAAAUCUUUACUUGUCUUGUAUGAAGAUAAGUAUAAUGGUUAUCUGAAGCAUGGUAUCAACUCUCAGUUGUUCGAUGUAUCCGGACCAAGUACUCUUGUUUAUCGAAUGCAUAUUGAAUUUUACAAGGCAAACAAUUUUUUCCCACCAAAAGGAUUUGGAAUACAUAUUUUUCGUAAUCAGAUUGCUCGAAAACUUGCAUCAAAAUGUAAAAACAUACACAUUAUCAAAGAAUGGUUAGGUCAUAAAAAUAUAAAAACGACAAAAGGUUACAUUAAUGAGUAUUACAAUAAUAUGGGGAAAGAAUUUGAUAAGCUAACGGAUAAGCAUUAUGCUGAAAUGAAAAAUUUAUUAUCAAUGCAAUCGUAUGAUUAGCAAGUUUUGGUUUUACAACUGGCUAAUAGAGAUUGCUUUUUUGAUAUUUUCAAUGUUUUCAAUAUCUUGUCUAGUAAAUCAAUAGGCAAAAUAGUCUGUGAAAUGAAAACCUUGCUCUU